AUGGUCCGUCCUUCGACCUGCUGCCGUAUUUCUCAGGACGGUGGCUGCGUCUGCGCCGCUCAGGCCAGGUGCGCAUGCGGCAAGGAAGCGGCCGACGCAUGCAAUUGCGGAAAGAAUACUACUCCUAUCACGGGGCCGAAGUGCUCGUGCAGAAUGCGUCCCGCUGGACAGUGCACAUGCGAGCGGGCAGUGACUGAAAACCGGCCUGUGACGGGCGAGGCUUGCCCGUGUGGAAGCAGACCUGCUGGAUCCUGCACAUGCGAAAAGGCCGAUGCCGUGGACUCUGCUGCCAAUGCCGUUUAUGAUGCCUUUGAGACGGAUUUCACUGGCAAGGCGUGA